AUGGUUGAUAGGCUUCCCAAAAUUGCGCAUAGCGAUCCGGCCAGAUGCGAAGGGAAGCACAGUUUUCCGUCAAGCAACAAUUGGUUUGGACUAGAUGGUGCCAUGGACGAUGGCAUGGACGAUGGGGAUAGCUUGAAGACAUCGAAGCCAGAUCACGCGGGUCAUCGGAGGAUGGUGCGUAGGCAAUGCGGGGCUGCCACUAAUGUCGACGGAUCCCAAGCGCCAACAAAUUUUCGUUCGGCCUUCCAUGCUAUCUUGUCUCCUAUACAAGGACCAAAGUGGCAGGACUCGGUCGGCUUCGCCAACGGCGAGGGAAAGCGUCGUGUUCCUGGUUGUCGAUGGCUGGUGGCAGAGAAUCCAAGGAUACACCCUGUCGGCAUCAUCGAAGUCCAGACCCACAAACUACGGCAUGCUCCAUCGCUCGACCAACUUCGCUGCCCAACACGUUUGACAAAACCCGCCGACUCGAGCCUCUUUCAAUCUCAUAGUGCUCUCGAUGAUGUGAGAUUCUCACGUCUCCCUACCGGAGUGAUGCUUGGAAAAGCUCGAGAGCUGACGUUCACAAAGCAGCAGCCUGUCCUCCGUGACAUUGGGCGAUCGUCCCGGUCGAGCAGGAUGGCUUCAAGCGACCAAUCGGAGAAGAUAUCUCACUCUCGAACUUCUUCCCUUCGGAGCUUGUGGUCGCAUCACACAGCUGCCAAGUCCGAUGAGAAAUCGCCUGAGAUAGAAACUGGCUCAAGCUACAGUGACGAACAGUCAUGCUGGGACGACGGUGCCGCCGGUCAGGAAGACGAGCCAAUUUUGGAAGGCCUUGGUCUCCUGAAAGAAACGCUGGGGUCCGCAGAAAACACUGUGAGCAAGUAUGUCGAACUAGAGACGGCAUUUCCACAGCGAGAACCCGCUGCUAAAGCUAUUUGGCCAGAACCAUCAUCUUUCCAAGAACGGAUAGAAGCUUGGAUUGCAGACCUUCGAAGCAGUCGAUUCGAGGAUCCCGAACUUGUAGGGCCAUUUCCUGGGCCUUUCACCCCACAGGCGCUUUUCUCGCCUGCGCAGCUUGACAAACAGGGCGGUCCCCAAUUUCGCGAAGACUCCUUUCGAUCGCGGAUCGAAAACCUCACCAACCAAAAAGAGCCUCGACCUCGGUCUAAGGCUUUUCUAACCAACACACUACACAAAAAAGACGCGAGUUCGACAACAUCAACCACAUCAUCCACUAAUAUUCCCAUCAUGGCACACCAUUCGGACAAACUGGAGAAGAAGGGCCGCACGAUGGUUCCCUCUGCUAUUCAGGGCACCUUCAUUCCGGUAUCACCGAGGAAGCGCGGAUCUCCGUCGCCUAUACGACGUAAACCAAACAAAUCCGUCCAGAUCAAUCUGAAUUUGACGGAGAACCAGGUCGAGAGAUUGACAGACGUAUUUGCGAGCAAGAGCGAGUCGCCCUCUCGUCGCGCCAGGGCUGGUAACACUGCCAGAACCGGGUCACCCGAACGUAACAACUUCGCCAGCACCCAUACCACGUCUCGAGCACAUGCAGCACUUGACCAGGAGGAGCCACAUGCGUAUGCUAAGAGCGGCCAGGCGACCAAUCAAAUGGCACAGAAGGGUCAUGACAGUGAUUCCACGACUUUCUCGGAGCUGAUGCCCCGAUCACCUCACAAGACUCACAAGGCCAAGAGUUCUAUGUCGUCAAACAUUGCGGAGCGUCGUAGACAGAAUACACUUACUCCAAUUAACAUUGAGGAUCGCCGUCAGUACGCUACUCUACUCGGCCAUGGUGACGAUAUGGUUGCUGCAUCUUCCCUAACCCCAGACAACCCGUCUCCAGCAACUCCUGACGAGGAAGAAUCUUCAUCAAUCUACUCGAGAGACGCUGAACAACCCAGUCCUCUGCGGAUCCAUAAGGAUACCUCUCAACAAGUCGAUAGCGUGUUGCAGUCAUACAGCGGCUGGAAGAAUUCGAACCCGCACACCACCGUCCCUACUGGUGCGCCUGAUGUCGAUAGUUGUGGAGUAGCUUCUCAGAGACAGACGCCCCCCAAGGGAAGACUUGAAGCCCUCAGACAGCCUGCAAUGGAUGCUGGCCAGCUAUAUUCUCCUCUGAGACCCUAUUUUGCGUACAAAGACCUGCCUGUGCAGAAAAUUGCCGGUAAGACCCUGAUUGGAGAGCAAGGAUGGCUCGAAAGACCAAACCAAUCUUCAGAUCACAAAUCUCCGGACCGCAAGAAGAAGGAUACCUCUCCCAAGAAGCCGGGUCUGCUCGACAGCCUCAAGAAGAUUGCCAAAGAGAUGACUGAGAGCAAGCCCAGUCGCAAAGUCCGAGAUGUAGAGAGAGAGGGGAAGGUCAAAAGAAUCACAAUUUCGUUGGAUCCUCGCGAGCAGAGUCUUCUGUACUGCGAGCUCGAGUUUCAUAUCAGCAAUGCCCUUCAUACCUACAUCACGAACGAGCUCAACCACGGCCGCCUGAAUCCGGACAAGCUGAAGAAGAUCGCAGAUGGGUGGAACCAGAAGGGCCGUCCCAGAGUCGUCGGCUUUCGCUACGACCUCGAGACACAGCUUGAUCUUGUUCAUCUGCAUAUUGAUGAAUUCCGCUUCUUUGGGCGUCGCCAAGGCAAUCUCUUGGAGAUCGCAGGCCUUCUUCAUGCGAUGAAGGUCAACGCCCGAGCCCUCCGUGUUCGCACUUUCUGCCAGCCAGAUUCCGUAAUCGCGAAGCAGUUGGUUGACUCGCAGUCUCUAUGCAAUACAAUCGGAUGCUCCGAAGCCCAGCAAAUUGCGAUUGCGGAGAUAGCCCAAUUCUUCAAAGUCAUCGUGGAGAGGGAGCAAGCUUAUCGAGAGAAGCUAGCUCGUGACAAUACACCCAAGACAUUGCCCCACGGGCAAGGAGACAGAAAGUGGGAGCCUUCGAGAGAUCUGGCCGAGGGGGUGGAUCCACACGGUGGGCUUCAUUUGAUUCCUGAUGGCUACGAUGUCAAUUCCGAGGCACUGCGGUACGACAACUAA